GGGACGCACCGCGGACCCCAGAAAGGGCGGACGAGCCGGGCGCCGGCGUCAUGGACCUGGUCAUCACGCAGGAGCUGGCCCGCGCCGAGAGCCAGCAAGAUGCUGCAUCCUUGAAGAAGGCCUACGAGUUGAUCAAAUCGGCCAACCUAGGGAAAUCGGAGUUUGACCCCUCAGAGAGCUUCAGCCCAGACCUGUUUGUUCUGUGUGCAGAGCAGGCCCUCAAGAUGGGGCAGCCAGAGGUGAGCGAGGACUGCAUCCAAAUGUACUUCAAGGUGAAGGCGCCCAUCACUCAGUUUCUGGGCCGAGCGCACCUGUGCAGGGCCCAGAUGUGUGCCCCGAAGUCGGCAGAAAACCUGGAGGAAUUUGAAAAUUGUGUGACUCAGUACAUGAAGGCCAUAAACUUUGCCAAAGGAGAACCAAGGUAUUACUUUUUGGUGUACAAUGCAUCAGUCCUCUACUGGCAGAUGGUGAGGCCAUUCCUCGAGCCUGGAUAUCGCCACCAUCUGAUCCCCAGCCUUUCCCAAAUUGUAAACGUGCUGAGUCAGACCGAGGAGGAAGACAAGGAGUGGCACGCCGAGCUGAUGCUGGAACUUCUGGAGUGUUAUCUGCAAGCUGGAAGAAAGGAGGAGGCUGCCAGGUUCUGCUCCACUGCAGCUCCGUUCAUCAAGUCUCACGUACCGCAGAAAUACCGGCAGAUGUUCUCCGUUAUGGUUCGUCAUGAAUUAAUGGACGAACUUCAGUUAAAGGAAGAAAAGAAAAAUUCCAUUAGCCUGUCAGUCACUUUCUAUAUUAAUAUGCUAAAAGCAAAAGCAGAGCGAAAUGAUUUGCCAGGCGACGUCAGUGUCAUUCUGAGGAAGGCCUAUAGACACUUAGGUCAUUACAACCACCAGCGCUUUCCUUCCAUCAGAGAAGAAAAAAUGCUUUUGCUUUUUGAACUGGCGCGUUUUGCCUUGACCUUGAAAUGCAUGGAGAUCUCCUCGGACUGCCUCUCAGACCUCAAGAAGAUGGAAAGCAAAGUAAGUGGCUUUAUGGCCCUGUUGCCUGGGGCGGGAGGCGGGAGGCUGCUCAUGCGUGUGGACAGGAGGCAGGGAAAGGAAAAGCAGUUCACAAGGCCGUGGCCCCCAGGGCUUCAGUGGGUUGGCACGUUGCCGUCGUUCCUGCCUGUGUUUUGCACAACUGCGGUUAGAUGGUGUUUGCAAUUUUACACCUGCCCACUUCUCUUUACCUUUAUUGUGGCCACGGGUCCACAGCACCACAGUUGUUUCUAG